UUCAUGAAAAAUGUUUAAUUACAGAAACAUUUAUAUACAUAUGAGUACUGGUUAUAGUGCAACGAUGAGAGGAGUGGCUUACGAUUUUAACUCCCUCACCACGCUUGAUACCACGAGCAAUAGAUGCAGCUUAAACUUAAUGGCAGUUGUUCGUUGUGUUUGGUUGGUACGCUUCUUCUAAACAGAAUCGGCUUAUCUUUAGUGAUAUUCGUUUAUGAUGCUCUUUGUUCGGAAACAACCGAUUUUGUAAAUUCAAAAUCAUAAAACCACUGCUUUCGUUGGAACACUAGACGUCAGGAAAAUAUGUGUCCAUACAAGCACUGCCAAUGGAAUUAUUGUUACUAAAAAAUUUACGAAAUGCUGAGGAGACGAAUUGUCGUCAUUGCAUCGAUCUGUGGAACACUCAACGCAACGGCCAAAAUUAUGAACACAGGAUCACUACCAUAACCGUACUACGACAAAAUGACUCUAAUAUGUUCUAAAGGGUUCAUUCCCACACGAUUCCUCAUAGCAGUAAUGAUAUUUUCAGCAUGCUUUGUCACCUACACAGUCAGAAUUAAUAUAUCUAUAAAUCUUAUAGCAAUGGUAGAAUCAACUAGAACAAAUGCGAUUACUUUUGAAUCAGAGUGUGUAGUUAUUAACAGAAAGAAUAACACCCAUAAUUUGGAAAACAGUGAACCUCCAAAACUGACUUCAACCUCAGACUACGGAGUAAGGUACAACUGGGAUUCAAACAUUCAAAGCCUUAUUUUAGGUUCUUAUUUCUGGGGGUACACCAUUACUUGUAUUCCUGGUGGUAUUUUAGCGGAAAAGAUUGGACCUACAAGAACUGUGAUGAUGGCAUCACUCAUAUCUGGCUUUUUAACAUUUAUAGAUCCAUUCGUGGCGUCCUGGAAUUAUAUAGCAUUCAUAUUAACACGAUUUCUAAUCGGAAUGUGCGGAGGUGUAGUGUAUCCCUGCUUCCAAUGUCUCAUAUCGCACUGGGCACCUCCAGAAGAAAAAGGCAAAUUUGUUAGUGUACUGUUGGGUGGUAGUGCAGGUACCGUAGUGACCUGGCCUGUUUUGAGUAUAAUUAUUGAAAAUCUGGGUUGGUCCUGGUCAUUCUUCCUAAAUGGUGGUUUCGUAAUAAUUUGGUCCAUUUUAUGGAUUUUAUUGGUGUCAGAUAGCCCAGAAACUCAUCCCAGGAUCAGCGAAGCGGAAAAAGUAUACAUUGUCAAUAGUCUAGGCACUUCAAUAAAGCAAACAAAAAAAUUACCACCGUACAAAGAAAUUGCUUGUUCUGUUCCUUUUUGGGCUUUAAUAAUUUUACAUUUUGGGAGCAUCUGGGGUCUAUAUUUUUUAUUAACAUACGGGCCGAAGUUUCUCUCAUCGGUUUUGGGUUUUAAUCUGGGACAUACUGGAGUUUUAGCAGCACUCCCGUAUUUGAUUAGAUUAAUUGUUGGUUUUAUUUCUGCACAUAUUGGAGAUUUAAUCAGGAAAAGGAAAAUAGUUUCAACGGUAAUAGUGCGGAAGUGUUUUAUUUUGUUUUCACACAUUGUCCCAGGAAUACUACUUCUGGUACUAAUUUUAGUGAAAUGUGAUCUGACAUGGUCGAUCGCCAUUCUGAUUUUAUCUUUGGGCUCGAAUGGAACUUCUACUGUAACAAAUCUGCAAAAUUCGCAAGAUUUAGCACCAAAUUACGCAGGUAGUCUUUACGGAAUAGUGAACUGUAUUGGUGCUACAGCGGGUUUUAUUACUCCUGUGAUCGUGGGUCAAUUGACGGCAGUAAAUAAUGGUUUGCAUGAAUGGCACAUUAUGUUUGGUAUUACUGCUACGGUUUACAUUGUAUCUGGUUUAGUGUUUUAUAUUUUUGGAAGUGCCGAUAUUCAAGUAUGGAAUGAAGAAGAAAAAAUUGAGAAUUCUUGGAAAGAUGGAAUUCCAAACCUUGGUUUUGAUAACAUAGAUGACACCACACUUAAAAUAGAAGACAAGGCUAAGGAGAGUACCAACGGUGGAAUUGGAAUGUACUAAAAUGUUUUAUUACUGCGUUGCCAUUCAUGUGACAAUAUAUAUUUUUCUAUAA